AUGACCGAGGCGGGAUUGAACACGGUCAACCUCAGCCAGAUGAAUACCUGGCAGCAGGUCCUCUUGUUCCUGCUUAUUAUGUUCGGCAGCUCAAUAUGGGUUUCCAUCUGGACGGUAGCUACCCGUCUGCACGUGUUUGAGAACCGCUUCGAAGCCAUUGUCCAAGCCGAGCGCGAGAGGGAUAGAGACUUGAGGUUGCGCCGCCGCGGCAGUGCCACCAGCCUGCCUCUCUUCAAGAGAGUCGCGGCUUUCCGCAAGACCUUGACCUCUCCUCCGGGAGACCCGACGCUCCCGGGUAUAGGAUCCCGCAUACCGCAGAAGACGUCAUAUGGCGAUGCAGCAGCCGAUCUGCCACACUUGUCCUGGAGUGGACAACAGCGCACAGCGUCUCUCCCAGAGCUAGAGAAUACAGAGCGCCACAAGCAUCCUAACCUUUCAACACAAUCGUCGCCCAGUGCGGUCGCCAUGGCCGAGCGUCGUGCCUUUACCACUGCCCACAUAGCUUUUGCUGACAGGCCUCACCCAAGAAGCGGCGAUAACGUCAACACCACGACGACUUUGAGAGCACAGGAGCGCCAGAACGAACCCGUGAGGAGAGACGGCGCCCCGAACGCUGCAGAAACGGAUCAUCAGAAGAUAACGACAAAGAGUUGGCAUAUGCACGAUUUCCUGGCCAACAAAACGGUGGGCCGUAAUACCCAGUUCCCAGAUCUGUCGACCGAGGAGCGCGAACAUCUUGGUGGCUGCGAGUAUCGUGCACUGAGGAUCCUCGUAGUCAUUGUUCCGCUGUACUUUUUACUGUGGCAGUUUUUGGGAUGCGUCGCUCUAGGAGCCUGGAUAGCGAACUACCAGCCCGAAACCGCCCGGCAGAACGGAAUUGAUCCAUGGUGGCUGGGCAUCUUCAAUGGCGUGUCGGCGUUCAACAACUCCGGCAUGUCACUUCUGGAUGCAAACAUGAUUCCCUUCCAGCGCGCUUACUUUGUACUCAUCACGAUGAGUCUCAUGAUCCUGGCCGGAAACACGGCAUAUCCAAUCUUUCUUCGGCUGAUCAUAUGGGCGAUCCUGAAGGUGCUCAGGGUGGCCACGGACGAUGAGACGUCCUGCGACCUGAAGUCGACUCUCGAGUUCAUUCUCAAGUACCCGCGACGAGUCUACACGAACCUCUUCCCUUCGCGUCCGACGUGGUGGCUGCUAUUCAUGCUCAUCUGUCUCAACUCGAUCGACUGGGCUGCGUUUGAGCUGAUGAACUUCGGAAACCCCGCUGUUGAGUCUAUUCCUCUGGGCGCUCGCACGCUCGACGGGCUAUUUCAAGCGUUUGCCGUACGCUCUGGUGGCUUCUACGUCGUACCCAUCUCAUCACUCUACAUCGGCGUCCAACUUCUAUACGUGAUCAUGAUGUACAUAUCUGUCUACCCCGUGACGGUUACGAUGCGUCACUCCAACAUCUACGAGGAACGCAGUCUCGGCAUUUACGCCGACGAACCGGAGGUCGAGUCAGACGCGGAGGAGACCAUGCAGCUGCCCAAUCGCGAUCGCCUCUCUUCACGGUCGCCGCUCGUCCGCCGAAUCAGCCGCUCCAGCACGGCUGUGUCUGUGAGCCAAGCGAUCAAGCGGUCUUUCAUACCAUGGCACGGUGUCGGUGUGCCGCCGCAGCGCAAGACUCGCGGCGGUGGCGCUAGUGUGAGCCGAAUCAGCUUCAUUUCACAGCAGAUCCACGGCCAGCUUGCACACGACAUCUGGUGGCUGGUUCUUGCGGUGCUAGUCAUCACGACGAUCGAGACGUCACAAUUCCUAGCAGAUCCCGUCACCAAUUCCGUCUUCAACAUCAUCUUCGAGGUCGUCUCCGCGUAUGGCUGCGUUGGCAUCUCUGUCGGCCUGCCUGACCAGGCUUACAGCUUCAGCGGCUCGUGGCACCUCAGCAGCAAACUCGUCCUGUGCUUGGUCAUGCUACGUGGCCGCCACCGCGGCUUGCCUGUCGCCCUUGACCGUGCGGUCAGGCUCCCUGCAGAACAAAUGCAUCGCGACGAGGAAGAGGAUUAUCGCAUCCGCAAGACCAUGACGCGCUCCAGGAUGAGUGUGGGUUUGCGCGACUCUUGA